UUGUCAAGGCUAAUACUGUUGAAUGUAGACACUUCCAAAAGCUUUGUUCAUGGCAGGUAUUUUGUAUGAGCUAUUGUCCAAGGGAAAUUUUCAGAACAUCUCCAAAAUGCUUUUAAAGCUUGGACAAUAUAUGAGUGAAUUAUUUCAGCACAGGAAUGAUUAUUCCUUUUCAGGAGAAUAUACCCAGUUAACUUUCCAUACAUCAUGAGACCUUAUGAAAGGGCGAGGUGGUGGAUUAUGUAUUUAAUAUGUCUUCAAUCACAUGUCCUACUUCAAUAAUAUAUAAAGUUUCCAUUGCUGAGAAAUCACUUGUGAGCUUUACAUAGAAUCUCAAGUUACAGAGUGGUGGUGAAAGAAGUAAAAUAGCCAUAAAUAAUUGAAAAGAACAAACUAUGACAUCUGGAACAUGCAGGAAGAAAUUUGACACUUUCAGGGAAGAAAUUCUGCAGAAGAAGCCAACCAGUGAGGAGGUUCAAAGCGAGAUUGGUCAACAGGGCAUUAAGCAAGAACAAUACAGCUACUGUCUGUUCUCUUUACAAGUCAUAGAAUUAUGUUGGGCUAGCAUGUAGGACUGAUUUAGCACUGUUUCAUAAGACCUUCCCAGUCAUGAUGACUUUAUUCAGAUUACAUUCCCAGAAGAAUCACACUGAACAUUUACAAAAACUGUGUUUUAGUUUACAAACUUUAAAGGGCAAAGUCUGACCUGAAGUAGCGGAUACUUAUCUGCAUCUUUCGAUUUAGAAUCAACAGGAGUUUUACAUUUUAUCUCCCAUGCACUGAUCUGAAAAUGUAAACUGUAUUUACGCCAUUUAAAUAAAAUUUUGAUAGUUAAGAUUAGUAUUUAUCAGAAAUAAAAACACACUUUACAAAGUACCCUGAAUUCCUGAUAGAGCUGAUGAUUCCAAUCGACUUGUAAUAUUUUGAAUUAAAAGAUUAUUUUGAAACUGUUCAUAUAACUGCAUGUAGCUUAUGGCUUAGAUCUUGCCAACAAAAUUACACAAUAAGUUAACUGCUAUUCAGACUAAUUAACCUCCCUCCUUAGAGAUCAUAAUGGUGGUAAUAAAAGCUAGUUGUUUUCCAAAAUUCAAAAUUUUGUAAUAUUUCCAUCAAAAUUUAAAAGGGAAAAAAUGAAAAUGUCUGCAAAGAUGACAUCCCAUUUCUGACCAGCUCUAGUAAUUAUUUCUAUUACUAUAGCCUCUUGGAGCAGGACCCAUUGGCUAGGCACUGUACAAACAGAACAAAAAGAUGGGUUCAUGCCCCAACAAGCUGAUGGCAAAGACUUUUCCAGCUACCUUUGCCAUCUCUUUUGAGAUCCCCUAAUUACAAAUAUACAUAAGGAUAGAACUGACUUGGCAUUUAUGGUACAUGCAUGAUGAUUACUUAAAGCUUCUACAUAAAAAUAUUGCUCAUUUCACCAAUUAAAAAAAAUUAGAAGAAAGUCCGAAAAAGUAACUGCCUGCAACUUCCAGUAAAUGAUGGACAUUUCAUCAUAUUAGGCACUAGUUAAGUAAUAGAUAGUUAGAUCUAUAGAGAGACAAUACAGAUAUUGACCAAUUCAAACCAGGAAGCCUUGAGAAGAAAUAAAGGAACAAUAGAAGCAAUGUUGGCAUUCAACAAGCAAAGAAUUGCCCAAUUUGAAUUUAGCCACGAUUCUGUAAAUUAUUUCCAAUUUCCUCUUUGAGAUAAGGCUUCCUAUAAAUAUAGUCUUGUGAGACUCCAUCAGACAGAACUCCAUUUUUCCAGGGCUUUGCAAUACAGCAGUGCCUAAAGAAGUGAACCAUGAAGUUCUAUAACUGCAUGUUGUUAUUAUCCCUGGUACUAUGUGUCAGUGCCCAGAACUGGUUCACUGAUGCUGGAUCAUUCAUAAGGGAUGCUUAUCGAGGCGCUGGGGAUAUGUGGCGUGCAUACAGCGACAUGCGGGAGGCGAAUUAUAAAAAUUCAGAUAAAUAUUUCCAUGCUCGUGGGAAUUAUGAUGCUGCCCAAAGAGGGCCUGGCGGUAAAUGGGCAGCAGAAGUUAUUAGUAAUGCCAGGGAAGGUUGGCAGAGUGACGUUAGCGGCAGAGGAGCCGAAGACACACGUCAAGACCAGGAGGCAAAUGCAUGGGGCAGAAGUGGAGGAGACCCAAACCGCUACAGACCAGAGGGCCUUCCCUCAAAAUACUAAUGAGCCUGUAAUACUUUACAAUAGUUCUAUUUUUCUCUUAGCUGUGCAAAACCACAAUAAAUCAAA